UCAAAGGGUUCUUCAAUGAAUGAGAACCGUCUUUCAAACAGCAUGGAGAAAAGUCGUGUCAAAGUUAUUUUGUUUGAUUUGGAUAAUACACUGAUUGAUACGUCAGGAGCAGGACGGGUUGCCAUCCAAAAGGUCUGUGACUUCUUGAAAACGGCCCUGGGUCAUGAGGACAGCAUCAGUGAUAUCUGCCAAAGAUUUGCUCACAAACUCUUCCACGAAUCGUACGAUCCCUCAAGUGGGAGAACUAUUGAUGAUGUCCGUGUUGAUCACUGGCAACAAGCUAUUCGAGAGUCGGAAGGAGUCGAUCGAGGAAUAGCAGUCGCUGCGGAGUGCUACCGCAUAUGGAAAUGUACGCGUCUUCAGCUGCUGACCUUCGCCCCCGCCGUGCGCACCAUGUUGGAAGAACUCAGGAGAACGCACCGGCUGCUUCUGCUCACCAACGGAGAAUCGCAGACUCAACGCGAGAAGGUUCAAGCGAUAGGGUCGGCAGCAGAGCUCUUCAGUGCAAUAGUUGUGGGAGGAGAACAUCCUGAGGAGAAGCCGGCACUCUCUAUCUUCACAUACUGCUUUCGCCAACUGGGUGUCCAGCCACAGGACUGUAUCAUGGUCGGAGACAAUCUGGGUACAGACAUCCAGGGGGGGUUCAAUGCAGGGGUUCGAGCCACAGUGUGGGUCAACGCUAGUGGGCAGGUACCCUCAGAGGGUUCUGCGAGGCCAGACUAUUCCAUUUCAACGGUGUUGGACUUACCCGGUGUCCUUGCUGACCUCAAAUGAUGUGAUUAAACGUGAGCAGACAAUGUGAUCAAACAUAUGACAACAGUAGAUGUUUUUUAUGCUUUAAUACAUCAAGUUGGAAAUAUAUUUGUAAUAUUUUGCAUGUCAUGGUCUUGCCUGAUGAUGAGUAAAGGUGUCCUGCUGAGUGUAAGGUAACACGAAAACAGUUAACUUAAUAAAGAAUUGAUUACCUUA